CUAAUAUUUAGAAAUAAACUAGACACUGGAAAGACGAGAUAAUUGCAAUCAGCUUGAAAGAUUUGUCUUCGACUAUGAUAUCGUUUAAGACGAUUCUCAGUAGAGUUCCUCGACAAAUUGAUCUCAGAAGCUUUCGACCAACCCAAUAUCCUGUGAGAGAAUUUUAUGUCCAACGCGGUUGCACAAUGCUCAUUCGAAAUCCAAUCACCGUAGAACAAGACUGUAAGUAUCUCUCCAGAAGAAGUUCAUCUUGUUGUUAGGCUAAGAACAUCAAUGGAUUACCGAAAUCCAGCAGCAUUGGUGGAGGCCGCAAGAGCAGGAAAUACGGACGAUGUAUGGUUACUAUUGACUCGAAGUAACAGGAUAGAGAUAACCGAACAGAAUAGUCGAACACCGCUACGACUGGCUGCUGCGAAUGGGUACGAUGGCGUUGUCAUGGUACAUCUUGACAGAGCUGCCACCACUGAGACAAGAUAUACGUUGGGUAGGCGGCCAGUCAUGCAGCAAAUGGGCAUGAGGCUUCUCGGCGAAGAGCAUAGGGAUAAUAGGGCUCGAUUUAGGGACGAAUGAGAAACAGACAGAUAUUCUACAUAUGUGGGGCGCGCAUUUUGCAGUACAGGAAGUUGUAUGUCAGUGUGGUAUCAGGCCAGCUAUUGACCAUCGGUUUGAGUUGGUGCCCAAUGAUCCGUAAUCUUCAAU